AUGCACUCGGUUUACAGGGAUCAGCGAGCGAACAUGCUGUGGAAACUGGUGGAAAAUGUCAAGUAUGAAGACAUAUAUGAGGACCGUCACGACGGUGUGUCCAGCCACAGCUCCAGACUGUCCCAGCUGGGCUCGGUAUCGCAGGGGCCGUACUCCAGCGCGCCCCCGCUCUCUCACACACCCUCCUCGGACUUCCAGCCGCCUUACUUCCCGCCGCCCUACCAGCCCCUUCCGUACCACCAGAGCCAGGACCCGUACUCGCACGUGAACGACCCGUACUCCCUCAACGCUCUACACCAGUCGCAGCAGCACCCAUGGGGCUCGCGCCAGCGGCAGGAGGUUGGCGGGGAGAGCGGCUCUCUCUUGCCUCAGCCUCGAGCCUCUCUGCCGCAGCUCUCGGGGCUCGACCCGCGGCGAGACUACUCGGUGCGGCGACCGGACGUGCUGCUCCACUCGGCGCACCACGGCCUCGAGGCCGGCAUGGGAGACAGCCUGUCGCUGCACGGUCUCGCGCACGGAAUGGAGGAUGUGCAGACUGUCGAUGAUGCCAACAACAGCGGAAUGAACAUACUGGACCAAUCUGUCAUUAAGAAAGCAUAUCCUCUCUCGCGCGCAAUUCCGGUCCCGCACAAGAGCGUGGCGUCUCUGAUGAUGAGCAAGGACGGUCUCAUCGGCGGCAUGAAUCUCAACGUCAACGAGGUGUUCUGCUCGGUACCGGGACGCCUCUCGCUGCUCAGCUCCACCUCCAAGUACAAGGUGACCGUGGGCGAAGUCCAGCGUCGCCUGUCCCCGCCCGAGUGCCUCAAUGCUUCGCUGCUGGGUGGCGUUCUCCGUAGAGCUAAGUCUAAAAAUGGAGGCCGAUCACUGAGAGAAAAGCUGGAGAAAAUCGGCCUGAAUUUACCGGCUGGAAGACGCAAAGCUGCAAAUGUCACUUUACUGACGUCAUUAGUUGAAGGGGAAGCAGUUCAUUUAGCGCGGGAUUUCGGAUACAUCUGUGAAACGGAGUUUCCCACUAAAGCCGUAUCUGAGUACCUGAACCGACAACAUACGGAUCCCAACGAGCUGCACUCGCGGAAGAACAUGCUGCUCGCCACAAAGCAGCUGUGUAAGGAGUUCACUGACCUGUUGGCCCAGGACCGCACGCCGCUGGGCAACUCUCGGCCGGCGCCCAUCCUGGAGCCGGGCAUCCAGAGCUGCCUGUCCCACUUCAGCUUCAUCACGCACGGCUUCGGCUCUCCGGCCAUCUGCGCCGCGCUGACCGCCCUGCAGAACUACCUGACCGAGGCGCUCAAAGGACUGGACAAGAUGUUCCUCAACAACCCGUCGGCCAACCGCCACGGAGGAGGAGGAGGAGGAGGAGGAGGAGGAGGAGGGGGCGACAAAGGCUCCGGCGACAAGGAGGAGAAGCAGCGGAAAUAA